AAAUUUGUUUACAUUUUUCACCACUCGCAUGUUGGUCGGCAUUUCCAAUCUGUAGUUUAAAAUUUUUAGUGUUCUCAGGUUUAAAUAAGUUGCUUGGCGUAAUGUAGUUUGAAAAAUAAUCGAGCACAUUAUUUAUUAGUUUAAAACUGAGACUAAAUUUUUGGUGUGAAGAUAAACAAACCACAAAAUGGCAGGACGUGGUCGAGGAAAGGCUACCGGCUCUCUAACGCAGGAACAACUCCAAUCCAUGGGUGUUACCAGAAAUGAGAUGCAGGCUGUUUCAUCCGCUGCACCUCCCCCACUGUAUCCAAUUCUACAAUCGAAACCGGUUCCACUGGAGUCCAACGCUGACCGGGAUUAUAAAAUUCUUUGGAAAGAGGACUUCAUUUCGUACCUACGAGAAUCUCCGUACUACACAACUGUGAAAAGUUCGAAAGGUCCCGUGCAGCGGUACUCCGAUAAGGUCAUUAAUGUAAUUGAAAACGAUCCCAAGCGGAAGUAUGAAGGCGACUUCAUAUGGAGUAUGAUGCCGGCGGAACUAAAACCGACGUUCAAGCGGACAAAAGCGACUGCUAAUGGAACUUCAAAGGGAACCAAGAAGCCCAAAGUUGUAGACAUAAACGCCAAACUUAGUGAGUUGGAACAGAAAGAGUCCUUUCUGGACGACACGGACGUUAAGAAAGAGAAAGCCAGUGAUUCGGAGGACGACAAGGAUGAAGAGCAGGAAGAGGAGGUUGCCGACGAGGAGAUGGACGACGAGAAUGAUUACGGGAACAACUACUUUGACAACGGGGAGGGGUACAAUGAGGAGGAUGAUAAUUUGGAUGAUGGGCCUGUUUAUUAGAAACAUAAAUAUACUUUGUUAUGCUUAAA